AUGCGACUCGUGCACUGGUCGCUGCUGCCGCUCGGCGCGUCGCUUCUGCCGCCGGCCGUCGCCGACACAGACGCCUCGGCGUCGUCCGCUGCUUCGUCUGUCGCCUGGUGCGCCGACGCCAGUGCCAGCGCUGUGCUCACGUACUGCGGAGACGCCUGCGAGGCCGGCGACCCGUGCGUCCAGUACCGCGAGGCGUCGAGCUGCAGCGACGCGUCGCGCAACGACUGCGAGCGCCACAGCUCUGCGUGCACGUUCCAGUGCCUCGACGCGUACAAUUCGGUCGCGCGCAAGUUCACUGUGUUUGUCAAAGAGCCAGAGCCGUCGGACACGUGGACGGCCAGUGAGAGUGGCAGUGAGGCCGCUGCGUUCCCCAGCGCCGCUUUCGACGCCGUCACGGGCGUCGUCUACACGGAAACGACGCGGAACAUUCAGAUCACCGGGUUCGAUGACACGAACGUGCAGAAAGGUGCACUGAAGACAGUGACGUUUGACGCAAACACGUUUGCGACGGCGAAAGUGCUGGAACAAUUGAUCUUGACCAACCUGGAUCUCAAAGUGCUUCCUACUGGGUUCUUGCCGACCACGGUGUCUUUACUAACAAUUGAGAAUUGCAACUUGGCCAGCCUACCGUCUCAAUUGGGAAACCUUGCAAACAACAAUUUGGUGACGCUGAACCUGAACAAGAACACAAUGACUAGUGUGACGGAUUCGGAUAGCUCGGUCACAAAGACUUUGCAGGGGCUGACUACGCUAAACCUGACAGACAACUCUAUCGCCACGUUUGAAGUGUCGCUUCCAUCGAUCAAUACAUUAGACUUGUCACAUAACAAACUGACCGAGUUUCCAACCGUUGUCUUUAAUAUGACGAAUCUCAACAUCCUAAAUAUGGCUGGCAACAGCAUCAGCGCGUUGGCCGUAACGACCGUACAAUAUAAUUUCCUGCGGAGACUGUCACCCGAUAGCAAGUUGGGCAUUACCACCAGCGCUUGCCCUCGCGGCGUCGCCACCGACGUUUUGGACUCGGUGGUCUGCGUGUCUGAUGAUGCUGCGUCUCUUUCAGACUCUUCUUCAGGCAGUAGCACUCUGAUUAUUGCCGUUGUCGUGCUGGCAAUAGUAGUUGUGCUCGGUACUGCAGGAUUCUUCUUUUACCGGCACCGUAUGAAAAACCGCGGGUGUUACGGCGCGAGUACACCAAAUAUGGUGGGAAUGGCGACUCCUCUAUCCGCGAACAUUGUUCCUGCACGCAACAGGGCAGGAAGCCGUGGUCGUGCGUCAUCACAACAGCGACCUCCGGUUGGCGGCGGUCGUACCCCUCGCAGUUCGAUUCCGAACCUGUUGCAACUCGCUGGAUUUUCGGACCGCGGUAAGAAAAUGUCCGAUGCGCAACCCCGUCGUAGCAGCUUGCAGUCUACGUUCCCCCUUGGAGGAGGCAAUCAAUCUCGGAGCUCCAUCAUCAGUGCCAGGGUGGUCCGAAUUCCAGGCGACGAGAUCAACUACACUCGCAAAAUUGCUAAGGGUGCUUUUGGCGAGGUAUGGCUAGCGUUAUAUGGUGAGGAUUUAGUUGCUGUCAAGAAACUGAUCACUGUCGAAGGAACGAGCGUGCGAGAAUUCGUUACGGAACUAAACUUGCUAGCAUCGUUAUCGCAUCGAUGCAUUCUUUCUCUGGUCGGUGCUUGCUGGGACGACGGAUUGAGCGAUAUCCAGAUUGUCAUGGAGUACAUGGAUUCUGGCGACUUGUUGUCGGUUCUUCGGACGAACCCACCGUCAGCGCUGACUUGGGAGAAUGGCAAGGCUACAUACUGUUUACAAGUGUGCGAGGCAGUUUAUUACUUACACAGCUUUCAGCCCGCACUGAUUCAUCGCGAUAUCAAGUCACGUAACAUUUUGGUGGAUUCCGAGAAGGGAGCAAAAUUGUCUGAUUUUGGCGAGAGUCGUGAACGUACUGUGGCGCGAACAAUGACGGCUGGCGUUGGCACAGCUCGCUGGGUGGCGCCUGAAAUUAUUCUAGGCGAGGAUUACAGCGAACUCGCUGAUAUUUACUCGCUCGGUGUCUUGCUAACAGAAAUGGACACGCACCAGAUUCCGUACCAGACACUGGGUCUCGAGGAGUCAACGAUUGUCCAGCAGGUUGCUGUAGGAAAGCUGAGGCCGAAGGUAUCGGACACCUGUCCAGAGACUAUCCGCCGAUUGACUCACGAGUGUCUCCAGUACGACCCCAGUCUACGGCCGUCAGCGGCCCGCGUGCUUCAGACUCUCUUGGCCUCACCGCUGGUUCGCCAGCCAUCGAAUAAUCAAACAGCAGACUAG